AUGUCGGAUGCAAAUGGCACCCGUUUCUCGGUGGAGAAGAUCUCCUUCCGGACGAUGGAUGGCUUGCAACUGUGCGGAAAUCUUUAUCCCGCAGCACAGCGCGGCCCUGCCGUCAUCAUCAACCCAGGAAUGGGAUGCGUGAAGGAAAUGUUCGUGCCAGAUGUCGCCCAAUACCUGCAAAAGGCAGGCAUCACCGCCUUUGCGUACGAUCCGCGCAAUCUCGGCGAGAGUGAAGGCUCUCCUCGGAAUGAAAUCGAUCCACACAAGCAGAUUUCCGACUACUCCGAUGCUCUGACCUUCCUGAAAGGCCAGCCUAUCGUCGACUCCACGCAGAUCGUAUUCUGGGGACAGUCAUUCGCUGGGGCUGCGGCGCUUUGCGCGGCAGCGCUCGACCAUCGAGCGAAAGCGGUCGUUGCAGUGUGCCCGAAUCUGAAAUUUGAUCGUGACUGGACCAGAUACAGGGCCGCCCUCGCCAAAUCGAUGCAGGAUCGGGAGUCCCAGAUGGCCGGCAACGACCCAUACUACCUGCCGAUACUGGAUAUCAAUUUCGAAAGUCCCGGAGGCAUGUCCAACGGCGUCAAAUCCUCAGAGGCAGAGUACAUGCGCACGCUCAAGUCAUUGGGUGCCGUCAACUAUGAGAAUCGCCUCACCGUCCAGUCAUACUACAAGAUCCUGACUUGGAGUCCGCUCUCGCUCAUUGCGCGUCUGGAAACCCCGACACUCGUCAUCAUUCCUGAGCUUGACACCCUAUCCCCAUUCGAGGAGCAGAUGGCCAUGACAGAGAGCUUGCAAUGUCCGAAAAAGGUACACAUAGCCCCCGGCAGGAAUCACAUGGACGUUUUGACCGGCGACGGCUUCGACGCGCUGUGUCAGAUGCAGCUCGAUUUCAUUAUGGAGUCAGUUGGAGCGGAGGAGGAUCGUAGCCUGCAGUGA